GGGAAGUUCGCAGGACCAUCCGCAGCGGCCGUCAUGGCAGCCGUCAUGGCCGGUUUGGCUCUGAUACUCGCUUGUUCGCAUUCGUGGAGUGGCAGUAGGAGCAGCGGCUUGUUAGAAGGAGGGGGGUUUCUCGGUGACUUGCCAAAAGGUGGGGAGACGGGAAGACAGACUGUCAAGGAAAUGAAGGCAUUGCUCAAGGACACAGCCAAUAAGAAACAGCUGCAGAACAAACUCGCAACAAAACUGCUGGGCAGAGCUGCACAACAUGUGCAUAAUGCAAAGGCAAGAGCAGCGGCGGCGGCGGCAGCUGCCGAAAUUGAGAAGAUUCUUGACGUACCAAGCGCGAGAGACAUCGUAGAAGGACAUUCCAGGGACCACUCACAGACAUCGGAUGUGAAGGUAAAGCCAUCUCACAAGCUCAAGCUGGCAACAUGGCUCAAGACCCCCAAAGAUGAAGGCAAAUUCAGUUACUCUAAGAAGCAGCUCGAACGAACAUCGAGUCCUUGUGCCACACGACAUGAUUAUGAAUGCAACGAGAUGGACGCAGCGUCACAAGCACAUGGCUGGUCUGACACUCCAGAUAGAAGUGUGAUGGGCGCGUCGAAUUAUGAUUCACAAUAUUAGAACUGUCGAGAUGAUACCAUGCUCUGUUGCUGGUGAAAAAUCCGUGCACGGCUAGAAAGAAAUCCUUGUGUUUGAACUCUUAACUCAAAUGCUCAGCCUAGAAAGUGUAAAAUGCAAUGAGUAAAUGCAAAAGAAAAUUG